AUUGACUUCACAUUUCGACGCGCUCCAGGAUGCCUCGGCCGCUCCUGGCAGUCGCCGUCGCCGCCCUCGUGCUCGCCGGUGCCCAUGGCUUCCGGAUCGAGGAGGCGAGUUUGGACAGCAUCCAGCUCGGCUUCAACAACGGGAGCCUCACCUCCGUGGAGCUCGUCCGGUUCUACCUGGACCGGAUCCGCCGCCUCAACCCGCUGCUGCACGCCGUGAUCGAGGUCAACCCGGACGCGCUCCGGCAAGCCGCGUGCGCCGACUCCGAGCGCUCCUCCGGCCGUCGAGCCACCGGUGUGCUGCACGGCGUGCCAGUUCUGCUCAAGGAUAACAUCGCCACGCGUGACGCGCUCAACACCACGGCUGGGUCGUUCGCGCUGCUCGGCUCCGUGGUGAGGCGGGACGCCGGGGUGGUGCGCCGGCUGCGGCGCGCCGGCGCCGUCGUGCUCGGCAAGGCGAACAUGGACGAGUGGGCUAACUUCCGCAGCUUCUCCGGCGGCGGCUGGAGCGCCCGCGGCGGCAAGGGCAGGAACCCCUAUGUGCUGUCGGCGACGCCGUGUGGGUCGAGCACGGGGUCGGCGAUCGCCGCGGCGGCGAGCAUGGCGGCGGUGACGUUGGGGACGGAGACGGACGGCUCCAUACUAUGCCCGGCGUCGCUGAACUCGGUGGUGGGGAUCAAGCCCACGGUGGGGUUGACCAGCCGGGCUGGCAUCGUCCCAAUCACACCACGCCAAGACACUGUUGGGCCGAUUUGUCGCACGGUGGCUGAUGCGGUCCACGUGCUGGACGCCAUUGUCGGCUAUGACGCAGUUGACGCUCCAGCCACGAUGGCAGCUUCAAAAUACAUUCCUCGUGGUGGAUACAUGCAGUUUUUGAAGAAAGAUGGGCUUAGAGGGAAGAGGAUAGGUGUUCCUAAUGGCUUCUUCAACUUCCUAAAUGGGACUGUGCAACAGAUGGUCUACGAGCAACAUCUCAACACAAUCAGGAAACAAGGAGCAAUCUUGAUUGAGAACCUUGACAUAGAGAAUUUAAGUGUCCUAUUGGAUUUUGUGAACAAUGGCCAAAUGGUUGCAUUACCAGCUGAGUUCAAGUUAAGCCUCAACUCCUAUCUGUACAACUUAUUACAUUCCCCAGUUCGGUCGCUUGCAGACAUCAUAGCUUUCAACAAUGCACAUCCUGUUGAGGAAAAGAUGAAGGAAAUUGGUCAAGCCGUAUUCCUGGUGGCUGAGAACACGACCGGCAUCGGUGCCUCGGAGCGAGCGGCGAUCAGUCAGUUAAACAAGUUGUCCGCCAACGGGUUGAAGAAGCUGAUGAGGGAGCACGAGCUAGACGCCAUAGUGACACCUAAUAACGCAGCAUCCUCAGUCUUUGCCAUCGACGGCAUGCCGGCCAUCACUGUCCCGGCCGGUUACGGCAGGCAGGGGGUGCCCUUUGGUCUCUGCUUCGGCGGGUUGAGAGGGUAUGAGCCGCGGCUGAUUGAGAUGGCGUAUGCCUUCGAGCAAGUUACUAUGGUCAGAAAGACGCCCACGUUUUUGCCUGUCCGAAUGCUCAGCUCAGCUCAGCUAAGCAUGGCUUGGCUGCGACUGCAAGCUGUCGCCGCCGUCCUAGCUGUGCUCGCCGCCGCCGGCGUCGCGCACAGCUUCGAGUACCACGAGGCCACCCUGGACGCCAUCCAGCUCGGCUUCCGCAACGGCAGCCUCUCCUCGGCCGCGCUCGUCCGGUUCUACCUGGACCAGAUCGACCGCCUCAACCCGCUGCUGCACGCCGUCAUCGAGGUCAACCCGGACGCGCUCCGGCAGGCCAACCGCGCCGACGCCGAGCGCCGCCGCCGCACGGCCACCGGCACGCUGCAUGGGGUCCCCGUCCUGCUCAAGGACAACAUCGCCACCCACGACGCGCUCAACACCACGGCCGGCUCCUUGGCGCUCCUCGGCUCCGUGGUGAAGCGCGACGCCGGCGUGGUGGCCAGGCUGCGGCGCGCCGGCGCCGUGGUGCUCGGAAAGGCCAGCCUCUCCGAGUGGGCCAACUUCCGCAUCGUAAAAGAUGGGUGGAGCGCCCGCGGCGGCCAAGCACGGAAUCCAUACGUGCUCUCGGCCAGCCCGUGCGGGUCCAGUGCAGGGUCCGGCGUGGCCGCGGCGGCCAACUUGGCCGCCGUUACGCUGGGCACGGAGACCGACGGCUCCAUACUCUGCCCGUCGUCUUUCAACUCCGUGGUCGGGAUCAAGCCCACCCUCGGGCUCACCAGCCGCGCCGGCGUUGUCCCCAUAAGCCCUAGACAAGACACCGUCGGACCGAUGUGUCGGACAGUGUCGGAUGCAGUCCACGUGCUGGACGCCAUCGUCGGCUACGACAAGCUCGAUGCGGCGGCCACUCGAGCCGCCUCCAAGUUCAUCCCUCGCGGCGGAUAUCUGCAGUUCCUGAAGAAGGAUGGGCUGAGAGGGAAGAGGAUCGGCGUCCCCAAUGAAUUAUUUCAAGGAUUUGGAGAGAAGCAGACGAGUGUGUACAAACAGCACCUCGCAACAAUGAGGAAACACGGAGCCGUGGUGAUCGAGAACCUUGACAUCGGCAUCGGUAGUGAAGAUAUUGUCACCGAUGAGUGGACUGCAAUGCUAACAGAGUUCAAGUUGAGCAUAAACGAGUACUUGGCGGACUUGUCCUACUCCCCCGUCCAUUCUCUUGCAGACAUCAUAGCUUUCAACAAAGCACAUCCUAUAGAGGAGAGGCUAAAAGAUUUCGGGCAAACAAUCCUUAUCUUAGCCCAAGAUACAAAUGGCAUUGGUCGUGUUGAGAGAGCUCGGAUCCGCUGGCUGAAGGAGCUCUCAGCGAAGGGGCUGGAGAAGCUGAUGAAGGAAUACCAACUCGACGCGAUCGUCGCGCCCGAGCACUAUGCUUCCCACCAUCUCGCCAUUGGCGGCCACCCCGGCAUCGUUGUGCCGGCUGGGUACAACGAGAAGGGUGUGCCUUUUGGGAUAUGCUUUGGUGGGCUGCAGGGAUACGAGCCGAGGCUGAUCGAGAUGGCAUAUGCUUUCGAGCAGGCUACCAAAGUGAGAGGGCCACCCAUGUUCAAGCCUUAGCUUGGUUGCAUAACUUUCUUGAGUAGUCAUAAUGUGACGCACCAUUGCCCAAAAAAGUAUCCACUUGCACUGUUUUCUCUUAGUGUAAAAGAAUAAUUCUGAAAUGUUACUUCUUGAGCCAACAAGGAUUGUAUGCAAGUGCUACUCUGAAUAAAUCGACAAUGUGGUUCUAAA